ACACACACACACACACAUACGUAUCUGCCGCAAGUGAAACGCACAGAGUGAAGAUGGCGAUGAGAGCAGCGCUGCGGUGCCUCUCUGCGAACUUUUCGUCCGGACUGACUCAACUGUCGGCCGCCUCGCGGGGCUCAACGACCCUGCUGUGGAGGAGCUGCGGUUCUCUGCGGACACUGAGCACUAGCCCGGUCCUGUCUACUGCACUAAAGUUCACAGAGAAACACGAGUGGGUGAAGGUAGAAGGUGAAACAGGCACAGUUGGAAUCAGCACGUAUGCUCAGGAAGCGCUGGGUGAUGUGGUAUAUUGUGGACUUCCUGAAGUCGGCCAAAGACUAGAACAAAUGGAGGAGUUUGGUGUGUUGGAGAGUGUCAAAGCUGCCAGUGAGCUGUACUCACCUCUGACAGGAGAAGUAACUGAAAUUAACAAGGAACUAGCAGAGAACCCCGGACUUGUGAAUAAAUCCUGCUAUGAAGAUGGUUGGUUAAUCAAGAUGACAAUCGAGAAACCAGAAGAACUAGACGGCCUCAUGGAUCAAGCUGGCUAUGACAAAUUUAUUAAGUCACUUGAAGAAUAAUCCACCAAGUUCUUUGUGUUGUUUGUUAUGAUGUUUCCAAUCAAAGAUUAGUAGGCAGGGUUACUAACCGAUAUACAUUGAAGCACUGUUCUUUCUAUUUGGUAUUUAUUUGGACACUGAAAUUGUGUUAUCAAAAUAGUUCUGAAUACUCCAUGAAAACUACCACUUAGAAAACAGUUUAGACUUGUCUUAACCACUAGAAAACCUGAGGUGCUCUUUGUGUCACAAUCUGAAUGUCUUAUCGGGUUUGGUUUCUGUUGCUUUUCUCCCAUUUUACAUAAGUGUGAAGGUAUGGUAAAACACUAGAAAAUAAAUUUCCGUGCUGUCACAUUCGUUUAAUAAAAUUUCAACCUAAAAAGAA